UAAUGUGACGUGGCGUCAACACUAGCAGAAAUCACUGACAAAACACAGGACAGAAAAAUGGCCGCAUUAGUGAAUUGGAGUUAUACUUAUUCUAUAUACUUUGGAAUACUUGCAUUGCUUUAUAUGACUUCAACUACUAUUGCAGACGUAAACAAUACAUCCGUAACUUGUUCAGCAAUGUGUCGAGGAAAUGAUUGUACGACAUAUUGUAACGGUCCAAUGGCUGUAGCUUCGGCUCAGGGCUUUAAUGCAGCCGCAACGGUGGACGGCGAAUUAAGUACUGUUGAGUGUAAUGGAGCGUUUUGUCAUUCCAAUUGUAAUGGUUACUCAAACACAUGCAUGGCCAAGUGUAUUGGGCGUGCAUGCAAUGCCGGGUGCAACUCAUCUUCAUGCUUGGCAAAUGCAGAUGGGCCUACUGGAGCGAAAGCCAUUUGUUCGGGUCAAAGCUGUAAUGCUAUAUGUUCGGGGGACAGAUGUAAAGCGGUUUGUAAUGGACCGUCAUGUAUAUCGGAGUGCCGAGCAAGAAUGUGUGAUGCUACCUGUCAUGGUCACGACUGCAAAUCUACAUGCGCUGGACCAAAUUGUGUGACAACCAUAACAGAUCAUGAAGUCCAUGGAGACGAUGAGAGUGAAGAGAAAUCAAGCGCAGAUGCAUAAAAAAAGUUUGCCUGAAAAAUAGUGGAGCAGAGGGCGUCGCAUCGUCUGAUAAUAAAGAUAGUAAUAGAAAA